CACGCACGCUCCAGCAACCGAGCCAACCUCCGCCGCCCGGGAAGCCCAAACCCUAAGCCCCUCCGGCCGCCGGCGAUGGCCCGCUACGACCGCGCGAUCACCGUCUUCUCCCCCGACGGCCACCUCUUCCAGGUCGAGUACGCCCUCGAGGCCGUCCGCAAGGGCAACGCCGCCGUCGGCGUCCGCGGCACCGACACCGUCGUCCUCGGCGUCGAGAAGAAGUCCACCCCCAAGCUCCAGGACUCCAGGUCGCUGCGCAAGAUCGCGAGCCUGGACACGCACAUCGCGCUGGCGUGCGCGGGGCUCAAGGCGGACGCCCGAGUCCUAAUCAACCGCGCGCGCGUCGAGUGCCAGAGCCACCGCCUCACCGUCGAGGACCCCGUCACCGUCGAGUACAUCACGCGCUACAUCGCCGGCCUGCAGCAGAAGUACACGCAGAGCGGCGGCGUGCGCCCCUUCGGCCUCUCCACGCUCAUCGUCGGCUUCGAUCCGUACACGGACAAGCCCGCCCUCUACCAGACCGACCCCUCCGGGACCUUCUCCGCGUGGAAGGCCAACGCCACCGGCAGGAACUCCAACUCCAUGCGCGAGUUCCUCGAGAAGAACUACAAGGACACCUCCGGCAAGGAGACCAUUAAGCUCACCAUCCGCGCUCUGCUAGAGGUUGUUGAGAGUGGUGGGAAGAACAUCGAGAUUGCAGUGAUGACAAAGAAGGAUGGCCUUCGGAACCUCGAGGAGACUGAAAUUGAUGAAUACGUUGCUGAGAUUGAGGCAGAGAAGGCUGCGGCUGAGGCUGCGAAGAAGGGUGGCCCGAAGGAUACCUAAUUAUUGUAUGUGACCUUCAUUCUGUCAACCAGAACUUUGUAGUGUGUCACCUGUUACAUUUCAUAACAUCUUUUGAACUGCUUUAACAAGACACCGUAAAUGAAUUGCGUUUUGCCUU